CCAUCUGAGGGGUGGAGGCUGACUGCUCGAUGCCUUUUUCUGUGUUGAGGAUGGAGGAAAGAGGGAAUUAGUGACUAUUCUUCAGUCGGUUUUUGUAGAGAGCGACUUGAUAAUCACAUCCUAUAAACCCGAGCUGGGACAUUUUCUUCAUGGGACCAAACCGGCUUUAAAAAUGACUCGGGGAGUGAAUCUGCUGCGCAAGGCUUGAAUCCACCUAGAAAGCACAUGGAGCAGGAUGUGGAGAGCCCGGCCAUCAUCAAAAAGCCUAAAUUGCCAAAGCAGGCCCGUGAGGACCUGCCUAAACAGCUGUCAGAGAAGGAACGGGCAAAGAGGUUCCAGCGGUACGUCCGGAAAGACGGGAAGUGCAACGUCCGUCACGGUAAUGUUCGAGAGACGUACCGCUAUCUGACAGACAUUUUCACCACGCUGGUAGAUCUCAAAUGGGGGUUAAACCUGUUCAUUUUUGUCCUGGUGUACACCGUGACGUGGCUCUUCUUCGGCUUCAUGUGGUGGCUUAUUGCGUACCUUCGGGGCGACCUGGAGCACUUAUCAGACAACCAGUGGACUCCAUGUGUCAAUAACCUUAAUUCGUUUGUAUCAGCUUUUCUGUUCUCCAUUGAGACAGAGACCACCAUCGGUUAUGGGUACAGAGUCAUCACGGACAAAUGCCCCGAGGGGAUCCUUCUGCUUCUGAUUCAGUCAGUGCUGGGAUCUAUCGUGAAUGCCUUCAUGGUGGGUUGCAUGUUUGUUAAGAUUUCACAGCCCAAGAAGCGGGCUGAGACACUAGUGUUUUCCACCAAAGCGGUCAUCUCAAUGAGAGAUGGACGGCUGUGCCUGAUGUUCAGAGUCGGAGACCUCCGGAACUCGCACAUCGUGGAGGCUUCAAUCAGAGCCAAGCUUAUAAAGUCCAAGCAGACCAAGGAAGGGGAGUUCAUCCCUUUGAACCAGACGGACAUAAAUGUGGGUUACAACACGGGAGAUGACAGGCUCUUCCUGGUGUCGCCACUCAUCAUCUGCCAUGAGAUAAACCAGAACAGCCCCUUCUGGGAGAUCUCGCAAGCCCACCUGACCAGGGACGAUCUGGAGAUUGUUGUGAUUCUAGAGGGGAUGGUGGAGGCCACAGGCAUGACGUGCCAGGCGAGGAGUUCAUACGUCAGCAGUGAGAUCAAGUGGGGCUACCGCUUCACACCGGUCCUGACGCUGGAGGACGGUUUCUACGAGGUGGACUACAACAGCUUCCACGAUAUAUACGAAACCAACACACCCGCCUGCAGUGCCAAAGAGCUUGCUGAUAUGACCAACCGCGCCUGCCUGCCCCUCACCUGGUCACUGGCCAGUAGGCUGAGCCAGCAGGGGCUGCCAGAGUCUGAGCGGGAGGGCAAGGAGACCAAGACCAGCCUGGACAACAAGGUGAAGAGCCAGCCGACCGAGAAGAACGGGGACGUUACCAACAUAGAGAGCGAGUCCAAAGUGUGAUAGUUUAAAGAAAGACGGCAAGUUUGAGGUCCAUAUGAGAUUAUUGUGUGCUGUACAUCUCCCGUUUGGGAUGACCACACGAGGUUAAGGAGCACAGGCGGGAGUUUGACGUACAAAAACGAGGACCAAUGAGCACAGUGGACCAAAUAUCUGCACCAAGAACCGCUUUUUCUCAGUGAUCUCUCAGUUAUCCCCCAAAAAUAAACAAAACACCCAGACUUGUGGCCCACCGCUGAACUGAAAACCCUCUGCGGGAAGUGCAUGUUUCAAAUAUAAUGUGAUGUCCUCCUGAUGAGAUUCCUGUUAUUUUUUUCUAUUAAGAUAUUCCUAGGGGCAUUUGCAUAAGUAUUUUUGUAUAUACUAUAAAAUGUUUUGAAUUCUUUGUUUUAUUUCAGUGUGAAUAAUUGACAGAUGUUUGAUACCAAUUCUUUUAGGUUAGUUCUGUAUUUUCUCUGCCUUACUGUAUGUAUAAAGCUUUCAUUAUUUGGUUUCUCAGAAAUAUAUCAGCAUGUAUCAACAUGAUCUAAUUUAUCUUAUAUUGUAUAUAUACUGUAAUGUUACGAGGAACACUUACGUCUCGAUGGAUGCAAAGACUGACAAUGACAAAUACUUCACAUGAUAAAUGUUUGUUUGAGGUUAGUUACUAUUAUUAUAUUUCCUUUAGAAGCCAUGACUUGCUGUUUGCAGCUGGGUGACUUCAGACAAUGGCCCUUUAAAAACUGCAUUUCGUCACUUUUGCACAUUAGAGGCCUCCAAUGGAGAAGUUUAGUUGCUCUUUCAGUCUCCAGAAAUCCCUCACGUGUCACCUAACAGUAUAAAAAUAAAUAAUAAAUUGCAUAUUAUGCACUUAAUGA